CAGAGACAGCACUGAGCACCACAUUGUUUCACGUCACAUUAUUUCAGGAAACGUUACCCACUUUACUAAACACAGACUGAAUUGCAGACAGGGAGACCGACUGGGGGCUGCUAUGGUGUGAACAGUGUUGACUCUGAAGCAGGUUCAGGAUGAGGUGUUCCCUGCGCUCGCUUUGGAUGGCCAGUUUUCUUUUCUAUCUACUUCCACACUGUGGAGAAGCUAAAGUGCACACUGAAGCACAGGCUGGGCCUCUGUAUCGUGUGUUGGGCUCUCUGCUCUCCAUCUCCUGCAAUGUGAGCGGCUUCUCCAAUAAGUUCGCUCAACAAAAUUUUGAAUUCCGUAUUAAGAAGCCUGAAAAUCCAGCAUUCGAGAUCAACAUCAUCAGCACCGGCGACCAAAACUUUGCGUAUGCCAUGUAUACACAGCGUGUGAUGAGCAGGGAGAUAACUCUGAAGCAUUUGUCUCCAAACUCAGUCCUCUUUGAGAUACAAAGGCUACAGAAAAGUGAUGAGGGGGAAUAUGAAUGUUCUGUAAUCAACUCAGAAUCUGUUUACCAGGGAACCUACAGUGCUAAGACAACAGUCAAAGUGAUUGACAACUCCCUAAGUGUUUCAUCAUCUGACCCCACAUCAUUGCGCUACAAUGAGGGUGAUGCUCUCACUUUAACAUGCCAAGCCUCCAGCAACACCAUCCAGCACACCCAUCUGUCUUUUGCCUGGUUACUCCAUAAAGACGGUGAGGACAACGCUCAGCCUAUCAUUUCUCUGGACAGAGAUUUCACUCUGAGCCCGGGCCAGGGGUUUGAAGGGCGUCACCAAGCUGGACUCAUCAGGUUAGAUAAAAUGGGAGAAGCCACGUACAGGCUACAGAUGGCUCAGCUGGAGCUGUCAGACCAAGGUAGGAUCUACUGCCAUGCUCAGGAGUGGAUCCAAGAUCCUGACCGCUCCUGGUACUCUAUCGCACAGAAGGAUGCACAGAAGACUACGCUGAAUGUCAAGGCCAGAGAGGUGGCGCCAGACACGUCGUCUUUGGUGGUGAGAAUCUCGACGCAGCAGACAACGCUGCAGGAGGGGCAGGAGCUGUCGCUGUCCUGCAACAUAGACACACAAAAUCUGGAGAAAAGGUUCUUCUCUGUGGCCUGGCUCCGGGGGAGCGUUGAGCUGGCCCGCAUCGGCCCCACGGGUGUUCUGUCUGUGGGGUCCGAGUACAGUGGGCGAGAGAAACAAGGAGAGCUCAGGGCUGCCCGGAUGGGUGACAGAGAUUACCAUCUCAUAAUGCAGCCAGUCAGAACUGAGGACGAGGGAGAAUAUUUCUGUAGGGCUUGGCCUCAGGACAGAGGCCAGGAUGGUGCCUUUACACAGGGAGCAGCCCAGGAUUCCAGCCACCAGCCAAUCAGCAUCUCAGCCAAUGGAAGUCGGCUGUCAGUCGAAAUGCAACGCAAUGUGAGUGUCAACGAAGGCGACAGGCUGAGGCUCACCUGUAAAGUGGAUGGGAUUAAAGGUCAGCUCUCCGUUACCUGGCAACACAAAUCGACAUCCACAUCUACAGCCUCGUUUACCAAUGUCGUCAGUCUGAGUCAGGAGGGUGUUGUGGAGAUAGGGAGGAAGUUCGUGAGUCGCAAAGUAAGAGCAACGCGACCAGCUACUGACUCUUUCACUCUGGAGCUUGAUGAGGUCACACCCUCCGAUUCAGGCGUCUACCAGUGCGCUGUGUCCGAAUGGAACACCAACAGCAAGACCAACAGCCAGUCACAGACCACCAGUGUAACGGUGGCUCCUACAGAUUCAUUUGUGAAAGUGAAUCUGAUAAGUCGCAACAACAGAGUUACUGUUGGAGAAGAUGUGGAGUUGAUUUGCCGAGUCAAAGGUCCACGUGUGCCAAUAACACUGACAUGGAGCCUGCAGCGCGAUGUGUCGGCAGUAGAUACCAUCCUGACAAUGUACUCUGAUGGCGGCAUCAGCUGGUCUGGAGAACAGCAAGGCUACCAGGUGAAAGUACAGAACAAAUCAAAUGAAGUUGCUCACUAUCUGCUCAUCAACGGUGCGAGCCACAGGGAGGCAGGAAGCUAUCAGUGCAGUGUGUCUGUCUUCCUGGAGAAUGCACACAAGAAGCUGCCUCCAUCCAACCUGCUGGCUGUGAUGGUGCGGAACCCAGUAAGCAAACUCGAGCUGACUUCCUCCCCCAACGUGAUGACGAACCUCAACUCGGACGUAGAAAUAAAGUGCUCUGUUACCUCAGAACCCUUUCCAUCCUCUCGUUAUGCCGUCACCUGGCUGCAUCAGCAAUUGGCAGAAAAUCAGACCAUGUUAAGGUCGGACAGGGAUGCCCUAGUAACAUUUGGGACCGACGUGGAGCUGAGCAACAGACUCAGCAUGAGGCGCACUAAGGGCCCUAGUUUUGAGCUGACUAUUCGGCAAGCUCAGAUAUCAGACCGUGGCUCAUACAUAUGUGAGGUGGUGGAGUGGCUACAAGAUCCUCGUGGUGAUUGGUAUCAGCUCUCGCCAGUGUCCAAAAUCACAGAGCUUAAAGUUAUCGAGCCUGCCAACGAUCUUCGUUUAGAUAUGAAGGAGCAGCAGCAGUUGAUUUCCAGGGAGGGGGACGAGGUAGAGCUCAAGUGUAGCAUCAUCUCAGGUGCAUCCAUCCCUUCUUUCUUCUACAAAGUCACUUGGUUUUACACUGGGAACAGUUCCUCCGUCAUGAAUGUCCCCUUAGUAGAGCUUGAUCACACGGGCCUGCUGAGGUACCCAGAGAACCAGGCGACCACAGGCCUUCAGGGGCGGCUUCGUCUCACCAGACCCAGCAAAAGCAGCUUCUGCCUCGGAAUUCAGAGGGCCCAGGAGGGGGACAGCGGAACUUACCAGUGCCAGGUGGAGCAAUAUCAGCUGGAUCAUGAAGGUCACUGGCAGCAAAAGGCCUUAGACAGCGCUGGCCCGAUCGCAGUCACGAUAAACGUUGCCGAGAAAAACCUGUCCAUUCUAACGGAUGAGAUGGAGCAGAAUGUGAGCACAUCCCAGGACUUCACUAUCCCCUGUAAAAUCGUCAAACAGUCCAGCAGUGAAUCUGAGUUCCAGGUCACAUGGUUUUGGCAGAAGGAAACAGAAAUUCAACAGCAUCCCAUAUUCACAGUUUACCGAAACGCUACCCUACAAGACAGGUCUGGGAAGGGUGAUCGGCUAAGAUUUGGCCACUCCCUACCCAACCAGUUCAGCCUUACAGUCAUGAAGCCAGAUCCUGAAGAGAGCGGCCUGUAUUUCUGUGUGGUAGAAGAGUGGCUCCCAUCUCUGUCUCACGGGUGGAGGAAGUCUGCAUUGGGAAAGUCAGGAAAUUUGACUGUUAAUGUCUAUACAGAUGGAGGAGCUGUCUCUGAGCCACAGUGUAAGUUAGGUACCUGGAUAGGGAUUUUCGUAGUCCUUGUCAUCUGCUUACUGGUGGUGAUUUUCCUACUGGUGCUGAAGAUAUGCCGGAGCAAGGGCUCAGGAGGAAAGAAGUCAGGCAAGUCUCUGUGGGCAGAGAAAGUCCCCCUGGAGGCCAAACCCGGUGCAGAGGAUUGAACCUAACAGGCUAGAACUGGAGAGGACAGCAGAGCAGAGUAACUGAGGAUAAAAAAAUCUAUUCAUAUUUUUUACGCGCUAUGUAGUAUUAU